UUGGAGUUUGCAUGUCAGCCUCUGAAUACGUUCAGUUUGCAGUCUUCAGGAGUUCCAGACAUCAUCAUAGCGGCGCCUGGGCUGGCAGUUGUUGGAGAGGUGGACUUCACUAGCCUUGCUUUUACCCACACGGUCCAGCCAUUUAAAGAUGUGGAGCAAAGAAUGGGAUGGCUGGUCCCAGCCCGUGCAUGAUGGGAACACCCCGCCCCGCCUCUUUCCAUCAGGCGUUGAGCGUCACCCACAUCCUCUGCCCCUGUUCCAGAAAAUAAUGGAGAUAAUAAGAGUGCUUACCUCAUAGGAUUGUUGUGGGCAUGAAAUGAAAGAAUUGAUCCGUGUAAUGUGCUUGGAACAAAGCCUGGGCUAGAAGUUUUCACUGAUGGAAUGUGGUCCUGAUGUCUGGAGAUGGAGCAGACCGUGGAAAUGUGGGUCCUGCCCAGGGGAGGAGAAGCCUGGGUCCCUUAGGACUUGGCAUCUAUUGAGGUCGCUGGCAUUUGUUGAACCACUGCUGCAGACCCUUGUGUGUGCGCGCUGAGCCCGGGUCUGAGCAUCGUGGGAUCCCAUGGGCGCAGCACUGACAAGGUCCGCGCAGUGGACGGCUGCGGGGCACGGGGCUAGGGCCCUGGAAACUACCCCUCUCAAUGAGGCGAUACUGAAGGAAAUUAUUGUGUUUGUGGAGAGUUCUAUCUAUAAACAUCCCCAAGAGGCGAACUAUGUUUUUGUAGAACCACUGGAAUGGAAAACCAAUUUGGACCCCUCAGCCUUUGGAUCAGGUUAUGUUGUCAGUGAAACAACAGUCAAGUCAGAAGAAGCUGAUAAAAAUGGACAGCCUUUGCUAUUUCUCUCUGUACCACAGAUUAAAAUUAGGAGCUUUGGACAGCUGUCACGUGUGUUAUAUAUUGCCAAAAAUACAAAGCUGAAGGAAGCACAAGCAUGUAUUGAAGCAAACAGAAACCCCAUAGCAAAAAUCCUGGGCUUGGAUUAUAAUAUGAUAAAUGAAAUAAAUGAAGACUCAUCUGUAUUAACUAUUCUUGAUAAAAUUACCAAAGAUGAUGAUCCUGAAAGUGAGAUUAAGAUGAAGAUUGCCCUGCUACUCAAGCAGUUGGAUCUGCACCUACUCAAUCGUUCUCUGAAAAAUAUUUCCUUAGAAAUACGAUUAAAUCCAGGGACUGUUAAGAAUGAUAUAGAGCUGCUUAAACGGUUCUCAGGAAAGGGAGAACAGACAGCCUUGGAAUCUAUCGAGUACACCUCAGAUUACGAAUUUUCAAACGGAUGUCGAGCCCCACCUUGGAGACAAAUUCAAGGGGAAAUUUGUUAUGUGCUGGUGAAACCCCACGAUGCUGAAACUUUGUGCAUUACUUGUAGCAAAGAAGGAGUGUUUUUAAAUGGUGGCAAAACAGAUGAUGAGGGGGAAAUUAAUUAUGAGAGAAAAGGAGAAAUUUAUAAAGACCUUGUCACGCUUUUAAGAGAAAAAUCAGCAAUAUUUUCCGAAAAUAUGUCUCAACAGGAGGUUAGAUUCAAUGAAGAACAGCAAAAGGAAAAGGAUCAGCCUAAUGAGGCACCUGAGGAGGAAGCAGCCACUUUACAUAAAGCUAGCACUGCUUUCCGCAGGAGUGCACUGGAGAAGAAGCAAGUCAGUUUGGGAAGGAGUCAGAUGACCAAGAGAUUAGAGCCAAGUUUAAACUGGAAGACCACUGUUGAUGCCAGAGAGAACAAAAGCUCACUAAGAGACACCCAAGAAGAAAAACAUGGAGGAAGACUUGAAAAGUCCAGACCAUCUACUUCACCUGGAAGAGCACAGUUAAUUCGUAAGAGUGCUGAAAAGAUUGAGGAAAUUAUUAGUGAGAGCUCCUCAGAGAGUGAGGAAGAUGAAGAACCACCUGACCAUCUUCAGGAAUCAAAUGCAGAUUUGCCAUCAGAAUACUGGCAAAUUCAGAAGCUGGUGAAAUAUUUGAAGGGAGGAAAUCAGACGGCUACAGCGAUCGCGCUGUGUUCAAUGAAGGACUUCAACUUAGCGCAAGAGACCUGCCAGUUGGCGAUCCGGGAUGUUGGAGGCCUUGAAGUUUUAAUAAAUUUACUUGAGACCGAUGAAGUCAAAUGUCAGAUUGGUUCCUUAAAAAUCCUGAAGGAAAUCAGUCAUAAUCCUCAAAUCAGACGUCAUAUUGUUGACCUUGGCGGCUUGCCAGCCAUGCUUAACAUUCUUGACUCUCCACAUAAGAGCCUGAAAUGUUUGGCAGCCGAGACAAUUGCGAACGUCGCCAAGUUUAAGAGAGCCUGGCGGGCGGUGAGACGCCACGGGGGCAUCACCAAGCUGGUGGCUCUGCUUGACUGGAGGCAGCACUCCACAGAAGCUGCUCGGCGGAGCCUGUACGAGGCCCGCGAUGGGGAGGUGGCCCGCUGUGGGGCGCUGGCGCUAUGGAGCUGCAGCAAAAGCUACGCGAAUAAAGAAGCCAUUCGCAGAGCGGGGGGCAUCCCUUUAUUGGCUCGGUUACUGAAGACUUCUCAGGAAAGCACGCUCAUCCCGGUGGUGGGGACAUUGCAGGAAUGUGCCUCCCAGGAGAACUACCGAGCCGCCAUCAAAGCUGAGGGGAUAAUUGAAAAUCUGGUGAAGAACCUAAGCAGUGGAAAUGAGCAUCUGCAGGAGUGCUGCGCCAUGGCCAUCUGCCAGUGUGCAGAAGAUGAGGAAACCCGUGACCUGGUUAGGCUGCGUGGAGGACUCAAGCCCCUGGCUUCUCUCCUCAGUAACACUGACAAUAAGCAACGGUUGGCCGCUGUCACAGGGGCAAUAUGGAAAUGUUCCAUCAGCAAAGAGAAUGUGACCAAAUUGCGGGAAUACAAAGCCAUUGAAGCCUUGGUGGGACUUUUAACUGACCAGCCGGAAGAAGUGCUUGUGAACGCAGUUGGUGCGUUGGGAGAGUGUUGCCGAGAGCCUGAGGGCAGAGUCACCGUCCGCAAACGUGGCGGCGUCCAGCCACUCGUGGACCUCCUCGUGAGCACAAACCGAGCUCUACUUGUCAAUGUCACAAAAGCGGUCGGUGCUUGUGCAGUAGAGCCCGAGAGUAUGAUGAUAAUUGAUCACUUAGACGGAGUUCGUUUGUUGUGGUCCCUACUAAAAAAUCCUCACCCAGACGUGAAGGCCAGUGCAGCUUGGGCCCUCUGUCCCUGCAUCCAGAAUGCAAAGGAUGCUGGAGAGAUGGUUCGUUCCUUUGUUGGUGGUUUGGAGCUUGUUGUCAAUUUACUGAAAUCAGAUAAUAAAGAAGUUUUGGCGAGUGUAUGUGCUGCUAUUACCAAUAUAGCAAAAGAUCAAGAAAAUUUAGCUGUUCUCACAGAUCAUGGAGUUGUCCCUUUAUUGUCCAAACUAGCAAAUACGACUGAUGAUAAACUGAGACGUCACCUAGCAGAAGCCAUUUCACGUUGCUGUACGUGGGGCAGAAACAGAGUGGCCUUUGGCAAGCACAGGGCAGUGGCCCCGUUAGUGCAGUACCUGAAGUCAAAUGACACCAGCGUGCACAGAGCGACAGCCCAAGCCUUGUACCAGCUCUCAGAAGAUGCCGAUAACUGCAUCACCAUGCACGAGAAUGGCGCAGUGAAGCUUCUACUGCAUAUGGUGGGGUCACCUGACCAGGAUCUCCAGGAGGCCGCAGCUGGCUGUAUAUCCAACAUUCGCAGGUUGGCUCUUGCUACAGAAAAGGCGAGAUACACUUGAAACUUGGACGGACAUUAUAGCUACCAAAUGUUACACGACACAGGCCAUGUCACUCCCAGGGCCAGGAGGCCUCAACUGGGAAACAUUUCAUAGCAAAUCCUUUACAAACAAAUGUCUGAAAACACAGGAAUUUAGAAAUGCAAAGGAUGCUGUUCAUCCGAAAACUGUAUGGGUAUUUUUGUUCUAUUUUAGGGAUAUGCCACGUAAUGACAUGUAAAGCCAAUAUAUUUGUGAUAAUUUUCCAGGAAUUUGAGAAUAUACGUAUACAGCUUGUGUGUGUGUGUGUGUGUGUGUGUGUGUCUGUGUCUGUGUGUGUGUCGGCAAUGCUUUUGUAUUUGUGGUGAUUUUAAUAACGAUAUGGCCUUCCCGUUGUGCAUUUUUAGAGUCAUUCAUGAAUGCCUUUAGAAUUCCCUUUCUGUUAAACCAAUCUAACUGUCUUGACACUAUGGUUUUGUUUGUUUGAUCGCUUGCAACCCACGGGAGAGCUCUGAGGAGAUGUGCUGAUUUCACGAACUGUUAUGGAAUAGAAUUCAGAGUUAAGCAGCUGGGCUGAGAGAGAGCAUCCCGAGGUCAUUCCAAGUUUCUCCUAAAACUAUCAACCAUCUGAGAAGACAACAUAUAACUGUCACUGUACCAGAUAAUGCAAAUCACAAAAACAUAAGCAAUGAGUGAGAUUUUCACUUUUGGAUUUCCAAAGUAUAAACAAUUAGAUGUUUUAUUUCCCUCACAGGAUUCACCAACACUUUUAUUGAAAGAAUUAGUUUAUGCUGAUGUAAGGAUAAUAUUACUUCACAGAAAACUGCUUUGAAUUUCUGAACUUGUUUUCAGCACAAACAAUACUUUUUAAAAAGUGGCUACAAAGGAUUAAUGGCAUUUUAUCAGGUUAUAGAAACAUUAGAAGCCACUUAAAAGAAUCACAUAUGUAACCUUGGCAUGCUGCAAUGUUUGGGAACUAACCGUCCCCAGCAUCUAAAACUAGCUAGGAGAACAGUUCUGUGUGCAUAUGCACUCAGUAAACCGGCAAUCUCACUUAAUGCUUUAAAGAGCAGGCAAGGUUUUAUUGAAAAAUAUUAAGUACUGUGUAUGUUUUUCAUAAUUUAGAGAAGAUCAUAAACUUAAUUGAAUUAAAUGUAAAUAAUUUGUAUGAAAUGAAAAGCCUGUACAGGAUGAAAAUUAUACCAGUGAUAGAUUCUCCGAUGAAAAGGUAAGGCAUUUCUGAGAACUUUAAGGUUUUCUAAAACACCAAUUCAUCUUCACUGCUUUUCAAAGGUUCUAAGAGAGGGUAACAGAAACAAGGAAAUGGUAUCAAUGCUAACAAAGAACAGAAUUUAAAUAAUAGUGUAAAUCCUUUAGCUUUCAACAGUAGUUAUUUCUAAUGUUAAAGUCGCUGGUUAGCUGUUUUACUAACAUUAACAACACAUCUAGAAAUCAUGGAUUAUGACAGCUAUAGAAAAUUAAUAAAUAUAUUACUGUUACACUACUACUAAAGGAAGCUUUCACCAUCAUUUUAAGAUUUUUAAAUAUUCUUGGAAUUAGUGGGUCCUGAGAGUGGAGGGAAGCAGCAGAAAACAAACAAACAAAAAACAGCAGCAGCACAAAGAACUGGAUGGAUGGUUGAGAAGGAUUGUUCCUUUACCAAAUGCAAGCUUGGGGCUUUGGUUUGCAUGAUUACUAAAUGCAUAAAAUAAGAGCAAAGUACCAUUUUAAAGGAAACUAAGCUUGUGGAAACAGAUACAGUAAGCUAACAUGAAAAUCAUCUUGUGUAAUUCUAAGAAUUGUUUCUUUUAAUUCUUGAGCACCAGGAAUGCAGUACCUUUAAAGUAAACAAAAGAGAAACUGAAUUUCAAGGUCAAUUUUUGGCUGUGUGUGUGUGUGUGUGUGUGUGUGUGUGUGUGUGUCAAAUGGCAUAACAGAAAAUUCUGACCUUACUAGGAAGGUGGAAGGAAUUUUAAAUAGAUACUCUUUGAUCUUCUACUGUCUUUAGCUUGGAAACUUUCCUUUUAGAAAUCCUGUUCGCCAUCAAUCUGCUGUUUGUAGUCACUAUUAUUUUGCCUCUCAGGAUGACUUGUAUGAAAAUAGUUUGUUUUUAAAACUUCUCUAGGUUCUGAAAGUGAGUGGAAGGUUAGAUGUCUUAGGGAAUGACACUGCAAAUCCUAUUAUUUUGAUAGAUUUUGGAAUUACCUUUAUGUAUCUCUAAGGCAUUUGCAUGGACUUGAAAGUCAAUGAUUCAAAAUAUUUGGAAAAUUUAUUUCCACUUAGGAAAAUGAGAAAUUCAGUUGUUGAUAAACAGACAGCCAUCUGACAAGAUUAGGUUAAAAAUAAUAAAGAGGGGCUUCCCUGGUGGCGCAGUGGUUGAGAAUCUGCCUGCUAAUGCAGGGGACACGGGUUCGAGCCCUGGUCUGGGAGGAUCCCACAUGCCGCGGAGCAACUAGGCCCGUGAGCCACAACUACUGAGCCUGCGCGUCUGGAGCCUGUGCUCCACAACAAGAGAGGCCGCGACAGUGAGAGGCCCCCCCGAUCGCCGCAACUAGACAAAGCCCUCGCACAGGAAUGAAGACCCAACACAGCAAAAAUAAAUAAAUUAAUUAAUAAACUCCUACCCCCAGCAUCUUAAAAUAAUAAUAAUAAUAAAGAAAAUUUCAUAGUCCAAAUAAUUGAAGGUGUGUAAUCACAUUCCAUAAAAGACAAGAACGGAAUAGGCUAUGUCCAUUCUUAUAAUUCAGUGAAAACAGUAAGGACAGCCACUUAUUUAAGAACCUCACUGCCUCAAAUGCAUUAAGUGCACAAAAGACACCUGUUCCUCCUGUACUUACUUAAGUGUAAAAAGUGGGAUUCUCUUCCUCAGUGAGAAAGGAGUAGAAAGAGAACAACAUUUUAUAUGAUGCUACCUAAUGCUGUCACUGUAUUAGGUACUUCCUACUUGUGAUCUCAUUUAAAAUACAGGAGAACUGGUAAAACGGCUAAUCUCGUAUCAUACUAGGGUCUAUCUAAGUGGGCACAGUUAUUCUGCAAGGACAAUUUGGCGAUGCACACCAGAAGCUUUUUAAUUUUUUGUGCCCUUUGGAUUAUGCCCAAGGGUUUAUGUCCAAGGGUGUUCACCACGUCAGUAUUUAUAAUGGUAAAACUGUUAGGGGAAAAUUGGUUAAUUCAAUUAUGGUGCAACCUCACCAUGAAAACAUGUUGUAGAAUAAUAGUUAAUGACAUAGAAAGCUUUUCGCAAGACCUUGUUAACUUGGAAAGCAGGUUCUGAAACAAUGUAUACAGUGUGAUCACAUUUUUAAAAUUAUAUACAUGUAGCUAGUCACAAUGAAAGAAGAUGGGACUUAUACACACCACACUGUGAUUAGUCAAAGAAGUGAUUAUUUCUGAAUGGUGGAGUAAGAAUGAUUUUUGUUGUCCCUUUUGCUCAUCUGUAUUUUCUAAACUAUUUUACAAUAAACAUGAAUUACUUUUUUAAAAUAAAAACACUCCCAGUGAAUUUUACUUUUUUAUUCUAUGGAAACUUCUAAGGCAGACAUUCUUCCCAUACUAACUUUAAAAGAGAGAUCCUCAGUUUACAAAUGGGAGACACAACCCAUAAAUAAAUUUUUUUUUGACAAAAGAAUGGUCGCUUCAACAUCUAAAACACUAUAAUAUACUUUAACCUACAAAAUGCACAUUUGUAAUAGCUUUCAAUUACAACUAAUAGUAGUACAGCAUACUUGAAGCAUGCUGAAAUGGCCCAUAAGUAAAUUCUGAAAAACUUUUUUGUCUAAGCAGCUGAAUUCUAUUCCAAGAGCACCAAAAGCAGACAAAUGAAAUAACUCAAAAAGUCAUUGAUAGAUUGCUUUUUACACCCUGUUGUUUUGAAAAGAAUGAUUUUGAUCCAUUCAUUUGUUUAUUGUUGUAGAUGCCUAAGACAAACAAUAUUGGGAUUUACUGUUUCUUUAUAUAUUUUGCCUGAAUUAGUCUAUACACUUCCA